AUGGUUAGUAGCCUUCCACCAAGCCCCUCCGAUUGCUCUCCGCACGCCGUGUCGACUCCCCUGCGCCAGGGCCCACCAUACUCGCGCGCCGCCGGCCCUCUCCUGAGCUCGACCCGGAGCAACGUCGUCCAUCUGCGGAGCAACAUUGGUUCCAAGCGCGAGGCCCAGCAGUACCUGUCCCACUUCACCUCCGUUUUCUCCCAGCAGUUCGCCGUUGUCAAGGUCAGCGGUGCGAUUAUCACCGAGCACCUCCAGACCCUGUCCUCGGCCCUCGCUUUCCUGAACCAUGUCGGUCUUUACCCGAUCGUCGUCCACGGUGCUGGUCCGCAGCUCAAUCGCAUGAUGGAAGCCGCCGGUGUUGAGCCCCAAUUUGAAGGUCCAGGUCACGGAUGGCAAGACUCUUUGGUCGAGGAGCUGGAGCGUAUGGGUGUCCGUGCUCGGCCUAUCGCCGCUGGUGUGUUUUUGGCCGAUUAUCUGGACAAGCGCAAGUAUAACCUGGUGGGUAAGAUCAAGGGCGUGAAGAAAAACCCUAGUGAUGUCAAUACCGAUGUGGCUGCUGGUGAGCUAGCCCGCGCUCUGCAACCAUUGAAGAUCGUUUACCUCACUGAGAAGGGUGAUCUGUUCAAUGGCGAUACCAGCGAGAAUAUCUCCGCCAUCAAUCUUGACGAGGAGUAUUGCCACCUGAUGACUCAAUGGUGGGUCCGUCACGGAACUCGACUGAAGAUCAAGGAGAGCAAGAAGUUGCUGAGCGACCUACCGCGCUCGUCCAGCGUGGCCAUCAUCCACCCUGCCGAUCUUCUGAAUGGGCUGUUCACCGACUCCGGUGCCGGUACACGGAUUCGCCGAGGCAACAAGACCGACGUCCAGGCUUCUCUGUCCGUGUUCGGCGACCUCGAGGGGCUGAAGGAUGAGAUAAUCCGUGACCGUGAGGGUCUCGAUGCUCGUGCCGUUGUUGACAGCUACGCCGAGGACUUAGAGGAGUGUGACUUCAAGAUCUACUACGAUAACGCCAUGGACGCUCUCGCUGUUGAGCGCUCUUCGAUGGCCCACCUGGCUGCAUUCACCAUCACCAAGUCAAGCUGGUUGGCCAGCGUGGACGACAACUUGUUUAUUACCCUCAAGAAGGACUUCCCCAAGCUGGCCUGGCGAAAACCUGACCUGGCCAAUGGUAGCCUCAGCCGCGACGGCGAGGUUCUAUUCUGGUAUGGUGCCGAGAAUGGCGAUGAGGUCAAGCAGCUUGUCCAGAAAUCCACCCAGCACGGCAGCCGGAUGUUCGGCAACUCCAACUUGGAGCACCGCCUCCACCGGGCUCACGAGGCCGCCAUGAGGGGAGCUGUGGGGCCACGCGGGAGAAGGAGCGUGGGGGAUCGGACCAUUCGAAAAUAUUGCCGCACAUGGCUUUGGCGCGGAGCCAAUGUCAACGCCGAGGGUGGCGACUACGGAAACACCCUCACAGGCCGCGUGUAA